AGGAGCGGGAGGCGGGGACCCACCUGGAAGCGCCGCGCCGCCGCUGUCGAGCUUCCUGCGGCGUCCACCCGAGCAAGUGCCGUGGCGGGGGCAGAGAGCGGCCACGGCGGCGGCGCCUCCCCGAGUGGUCCGCGGCACCCUGCCCGGCGCGGAAGAUUGGUGUGAUUACAUUAAUUCUAGGAAGAAAAGCCAGAUUAACUUUGUGAGUGUGAAAUCAUAAUAAAUAUAUGAAAAAAAUGUGUGUCCUGUGCUGGGGGAUCACAUAAAGAGAAUUGCAGAUAUCAAGUUGUGCUAGUACAUCCAUAUAAAUAAUUAAUACCUGAAGUCUCAAUGUAACAUGGACAUUAACAGUGAUGACAGAUAAAUACAGAAGCUUGGGAAUCAAAUACUAGAAGAAAAACACUUUUAAAAAGAAAGGAAUUUAGGAGGUUCUAGUAUCCUCCAUGGCUGAAGCUGAGAGUCUGAAACCCUGAUGCUUAAGCUCUAUUCUAGAUCAUAGCUCCAACUCCUUCAGGAUAUAAGGAAAAGAGAUAAUAUUUCCACAAUGAUAGAUCUUUGGUUGUACAGGUUUCCCAAUGAGUGGAUCAUGAUGACCGUAUUGUAGGGACUUGCCAUAGUAUGGCUGCUUCCCGAUCUACUCGUGUUACAAGAUCAACAGUGGGGUUAAACGGCUUGGAUGAAUCUUUUUGUGGUAGAACUUUAAGGAAUCGUAGCAUUGCUCACCCUGAAGAAAUCUCUUCUCAUUCUCAAGUACGGUCAAGAUCACCAAAGAAGAGACCAGAGCCUGUGCAAAUUCAGAAAGGAAAUAAUAAUGGAAGAACUACUGAUUUAAAACAGCAAAGUACUCGAGAAUCAUGGGUAAGCCCUAGGAAAAGAGGACUUUCUUCUUCAGAAAAAGAUAAUGUAGAAAGGCAGGCUGUAGAAAAUUGUGAGAGGAGGCAAACAGAACCCGUUUCACCAGUUUUAAAAAGAAUUAAGCGUUGUCUUAGAUCUGAAGCACCAAACAGUUCAGAAGAAGAUUCACCUAUAAAAUCAGACAAGGAGUCGGUAGAAGAGAGGAAUACAGUAGUGGACAAUGAUGCAGAUUUUCAAGGGACUAAACGAGCUUGUCGAUGUCUUAUACUGGAUGAUUGUGAGAAAAGGGAAAUUAAAAAGGUGAAUGUCAGUGAGGAAGGGCCACUUAAUUCUGCAGUAGUUGAAGAAAUCACAGGCUAUUUGGCUGUCAAUGGUGUUGAUGACAGUGAUUCAGCUGUUAUAAACUAUGACGACUGUCAGCCUGAUGGGAACACUAAACAACAUAGCACUGGUUCGUAUGUGUUGCAGGAAAAGUCAGUAGCUGAAAAUGGGGAUUCGGAUACCCACACUUCAAUGUUCCUUGGUAGUAGGAAGGACGACAGUUAUAUAGACCAUAACGUGCCUUGCACAAAUUCAGAAGUGCAGGUCAAGUUGGAGGACCACAAAGUAGUAACUGCCUGCCUGCCUGUGGAACAUGUUAAUAAGCUGACUACUGAGCCAGCUACAGGCCCCUUUUCUGAAAUUCAGUCAUCCUUAAGGGAUUCUGAGGAGGAAGUAGAUGUGGUGGGAGAUAGCAGUGCCUCAAAAGAGCAGUGUAAUGAAAACACCAAUAAAGCCCUGGAAGCAAGUCUUGAGAGUAUGCCAGUCUCUGGAGAACCAGAAUCAUCUGUUCUAGACUGUGUUUCAACUCAAAUGAUGUCUUUAUCAGAACCUCAAGAACAUCGAUAUACUCUGAGAACUUCACCACGAAGGGCAGCCCCAACCAGAGGUAGUCCCACUAAAAACAAUUCUCCUUGCAGAGAAAAUGGACAAUUUGAGGAGAAUAAUCUUAGUCCCAAUGAAACAAACGCAACUGUUAGUGAUAAUAGAAGUGAAUCUCCCACAAAUCCUGAUGAAAUUUCUCAGAAUGAAAAAGGAAUAUUUUGUGACUCUGAAAAUUAUGGGAGUGAAGGACUAAGUAAGCCACCCUCAGAGGCAAGAAUUAAUAUUGGACCUUUGCCAUCUGCCAAAGAGAGUGCCAAUCCACACAAUACAGAAGAAGAAGAUGAUGAUCCUGAUGUUUAUUACUUUGAAUCAGAUCAUGUGGCACUGAAACACAACAAAGAUUAUCAGAGACUGUUACAGACGAUUGCUGUCCUCGAGGCUCAGCGUUCUCAAGCAGUCCAGGACCUUGAAAGUUUAGGCAAACACCAGAAAGAAGCACUAAAAAAUCCCAUUGGAUUUGUGGAGAAACUCCAGAAGAAGGCUGAUAUAGGGCUUCCAUAUCCACAGAGAGUUGUUCAGUUGCCUGAAAUUGUAUGGGACCAAUAUACCAAUAGCCUUGGUAACUUUGAAAGAGAAUUUAAGAAUCGUAAAAGACAUACUAGGAGAGUUAAGCUGGUUUUUGAUAAAGUAGGUUUACCUGCUAGACCAAAAAGCCCUUUAGAUCCUAAGAAAGAUGGAGAGUCCCUUUCAUAUUCUAUGUUGCCUUUGAGUGAUGGUCCAGAAGGCUCAAAUAGUCGUCCUCAGAUGAUAAGAGGACGCCUUUGUGAUGAUACCAAACCUGAAACAUUUAAUCAGCUGUGGACUGUAGAAGAACAGAAAAAGCUUGAACAGCUACUCCUGAAAUACCCUCCUGAAGAAGUAGAAUCUCGACGCUGGCAGAAGAUAGCAGAUGAACUGGGCAAUAGAACAGCAAAACAGGUUGCCAGCCGAGUCCAGAAGUAUUUCAUAAAACUAACUAAAGCUGGCAUUCCAGUCCCAGGCAGAACACCAAACUUAUAUAUGUACUCCAAAAAGUCUUCAACAAGCAGACGACAGCACCCCCUUAAUAAGCAUCUCUUUAAACCUUCCACUUUCAUGACUUCCCAUGAACCGCCAGUGUAUAUGGAUGAAGAUGAUGACCGGUCCUGUUUCCAUAGCCACAUGAACACUGCUGUUGAAGAGGCAUCAGAUGAAGAAAGUAUUCCUAUUAUGUAUAGGAAUUUACCUGAAUAUAAGGAACUGUUACAGUUUAAAAAGUUAAAGAAGCAGAAACUCCAGCAGAUGCAAGCUGAAAGUGGAUUUGUACAACAUGUGGGCUUCAAGUGUGAUAACUGUGGCAUAGAACCUAUCCAGGGUGUUCGGUGGCACUGCCAAGAUUGUCCUCCGGAAAUGUCUUUGGAUUUCUGUGAUUCUUGUUCAGACUGCCUACAUGAAACAGAUAUUCACAAGGAAGAUCACCAAUUAGAACCCGUUUAUAGGUCAGAGACAUUCUUAGACAGAGACUACUGUGUGUCCCAGGGUACCAGUUAUAAUUACCUUGACCCAAACUACUUUCCGGCAAACAGAUGACAUGGAAGAGAACAUCGUAUACUAGUCCUCUUCAACACAUAGCAAUGGUAUCAUUGUGAAUUAUGUGCACAGUUUGGAAAGAUUCUCUGCUUUCCCUGAAAUGACACUCACAGCAUGACAGCUUCCUGAGUGUUCUCGUCAAGUCCAGCUCUGCACCGUUGUGGCUCUAGAUCACUGUUCAGCAGCUGAGCAUUCCUGGUGAGCAAAGGGUUUCCCUGGUGAAUUUCUCACCACCACCUUAACGCCUUUUAGGUUAAAGGCCAUCUUAAAUGGGUGAGAUGAAAACGAGAGCACACAUUAAAAAGAGAGUAAAUUCCAAAGGUUGCAAAGAACUCGAUCAUAAAUAGGAUAAUGAGAAGACAAAAUAUUUAUAUUAAAACAGUUUAGUAGCUUUCAGUUUUGUGAAAAUAGUUUUCGGCACAGAAGCUGACUUCUUAGACAAAGUUUUAACCAAUGAUGGUGUUUGCUUCUAGGAUAUACACUUUAAAAGGACUCACUGUCCCAGUGGUGGCCACUGAUGGCCUUUAGUAAAUCGGAGCUGCUUAACCAUAUUGAUGUCUAAUUUCUUUUAACCAUAAUGAACUGUCCUUAUUACCAACAGCAAAGCACUACAGGAGGCACUGUGGCAUUGCUUCCUUGACCAGCUCAUGGUGUGUGAAUGUUAUAAAAUUGUCACUCAGAUAUAUUUUUUAAAUGUAAUGUUAUAUAAGAUGAUCAUGUGAUGUGUACAAACUAUGGUGAAAAGUGCCAGUGGUAGUAACUGUGUAAAGUCUCUAAUUCACAACAUUAAUUCCUUUAAAAUACACAGCCUUCUGCCUCUGUAUUUGGAGUUGUCAGUGCAACUCAUCAAAGAAAACUGCCUAAUAUAAAAAUCAUAUAUAUGGUAAUAAUUUCCCUCUUUUGUAGUCUGCACAAGAUCCAUAAAAGAUUGUAUUUUUAUUACUAUUUAAACAAGUGAUUAAAUUUAGUCUGCGCAGUGAGCAAGAGUUCACAUGCAUUCUUUUAUACUGCUGGAUUUUGUUGUGCAUCAUUUAAAACAUUUUGUACGUUUCUUCUUAUCUGUGUAUACAGUAUGUUCUUGAAUAAUGUUCAUUUGUCAGGAGAACUGUGAGAAAUAAACUAUGUGGAUACUGUCUGUUUAUAUUAUAGAA